CCCGCCUUGCUCGGUCGUGCAUUCAUGAUCAAGAUGAUCCUUAUUUCAAUCCUUGCGUUACUACAUUCUAGUACCAUUGCUUCGGCCCAAAAAAUGUGCUCAGGAUUUGACUUCACUCGGCACAUUGACUACCGUUUAGAAUGUGGGAUUUUCAGAACUCUGGUCGCAGACCAAAUCAAAUGCCAAAAAACUUGUGUCGAUACUUUACGUUGCUUCUCAGUGAACGUAUACCGACUAGAGAACGGAACUAACAUUUGUGAGCUAAUAAGGAAGUCGAAAGAUUCUAGAAGAGAAAGUGCUUGCUUUGUCAAGAAAUAUGGAACUGAACACAACGAACUUGUGACCUCGAGAAACAAUUGUCCAUCCCAAACGAACAGCUGUCAUUUCGACCAGCAGAGGAAAGCACUUCCUGAUGACUGGUAUCAACUCGGAACCACUGCCUACAAACUGUUUUUUAAACCACUUCCCUGGCACAAGGCAUCUGAAGCUUGCAAAUCCAAAGGAGCAAAGCUGGUACAGAUAAAGAACGAAGGAGAAAAUCGCUUUAUCGCGGAAACCUUGUUGCCUGAUCUUCGAAGACCUGGAACGCAAUUACCCGACAGUAUGAAACCCUUAGCAUAUUGGAAAUUGGAUGGAACUGAUACGAACGUGCAACUUUUUGGUGAUUCCAAGUACAAAAAAGAUGUCGAUGGUAAAACCACUGUCCUCAAUCUACCUGCCACUGCAAGCUCAUAUGGCGAGACACCAUCUUUUGAUAUUCGAAGCUCUAGUUUUACUAUGGCUGUGUGGACGAACAUGAACCAAGGAGCCACAUACUUGUAUUCUCGUUGGGGCGGCGGUAUUGAACAUUUCGCCUAUGGAUUCAGUGAUGCAAAAUAUAUCUUGCAGUUUAAAGAUGAAUUGGGGAAAAAGGACUUUGAGAAAAAGAUCCCUGCUUACUACAAAAGAUGGACUCACUACACUGCAGUAUGGAACAGGAACACAGGCACUGCCACCCUAUACGUCAAUGCCAACAAAUUACAUGAGGUCAAACUAACAACAGGAGUAGAUUACAGCUCAGCAUCCGCUGCCAAAGCUAACCUUCCACCCCUUGCACCAGCAUUCGAUAUCGGGUACUACAGGGGUGUCAAUUACCGUAUGAAUGGCAGCCUGAGCCAGAUGUACCUGUUUGAUCGUGCGCUCGAAAGUGAAGAAGUAGAAAAAAUAAGAGAUGCCGCUUACAUGGGCAACAGCGCCUGGAUCGGUCUAAAUGACAUCAACACUGAAGGACGAUACAUGAUAGAUGACUCUCGAGUUGCGAGCUACAUUAACCUCGCCCCAGGCCAAAUAGCAAACGACGUCCAAGACUGUGUGUCAAUGAGAGCCUGGGAUGAAGGCAGGAUGGACGUCAAUCAUUGUCUAUACACGGCGUUGCCGUAUAUCUGCAUGAAACAAGUAUAAAGACAUUUCUCAUACUCAUUAAUAAUGCAUGAGGAAACCAACCAAUCAACGGGCUAU